GGGAGGCCGGCGCUCCCCUCCUGGGCCCGGCCAUGCCUCGCGGCCCGCGGCGCCCCCUCUGCCUUUGCUUUCUCCUCUUGCUGCUGCUGCACCCGGGCGCUCCGGACGGCCCCGGUGCCGCGAGGCCGGGUGAGGGCGCCGAGGAGCCGGGCUGGGCAUCGCCGUGGCCAGGCUUACAGCACCUGCAGCAGCAGCUCAGGACGGCCGGGGCCCUCUCCAGGCGGUACUGGGCGCUGUUCAGCUGCCGGGUGUGGCCCGGAGAGUGCGAGGAGGAUGAGGUUGCCGCGACACCCCUAGGCUGGAGCCUGCCCGUGUUGGGCCAGCGGUAUGUGGAUAUGCUAGCUGCCUGGUACUGCCGCUUCCGGGACUGCUGCGACUCUGACGACUGCAGAAUCUCCAACAACAUCACAGGCUUAGGUUCAGACCUGAGCCUGAGACUGCAUGGCCAGCAUCUGGCCCGGGCACUGGUCCUGCAAACGGUGCGAGGCUACUUGGAAACUCCACUGCCAGACAAGGCCCUGGCUCUGUCAUUCCACGGCUGGUCGGGGACUGGCAAGAACUUUGUGGCCCGGAUAUUGGCAGAGAACCUAUAUCGGGAUGGGCAGAAGAGCCCCUGUGUCAGGGUGUUCAUUGCCACAAUCCACUUCCCGCACUCCAAGUACGUGGAUCUGUACCAGGACUGGCUGCUGGGCCAGAUGCAGGAGGCACAGCAGCGCUGCCGCCAGACCCUGUUCAUCUUCGAUGAAGCAGAGAAGCUGCACCCCGAGCUGCUGGAGCUCCUGGGGCUGCAGCUGGAGCACCGAGCCCCUGAGAAGCCGGGCGCCAGGCCUCAGAGAAGCAUCUUUGUUUUUCUCAGUAACCUCGGGGGCAGUGCCAUCAACCAGGCGGUCCUGGAUCUGCUGAAGGCGGGAAGGUCCCGGGAAGAAAUCACCAUGGAUCACCUGGGACCCAAGCUUCAGGCUGAGAUGGCGGCAUCCCCAGGCAGCAGCUUUGGCCACAGCCAUCUUGUGAAGGAAAACCUGAUCGACACCUUCGUUCCCUUCCUGCCGCUGGAGUUCCGCCACGUGAGGCUGUGUGCACGCGAUGCCUUCCUGAGCCAGGACCUGGCAUACACAGAAGAGACCUUGGACAGAGUUGCCAGGACAAUGACCUACAUCCCCAAGGAGGAGCAGCGCUUCUCGUCCCAGGGAUGCAAGUCCAUCUCCCAGAGAAUCCACUACUUUCAGCCCUGACGGGCUCACCCAGGCCACCCACAACCAUGGGUGCCCCUCCAACAGAAGGACCCUGAGGCUGGCCUGAUGACUGUCGGCCUCUAGAAGGUAUUGCAGGGGUAGAGUGGCAUCCAGCUGUUGCUGAUGCAGAAACUGUGCCUUAAAGCGUUUUUUCA